UGUGCGGUAGUUUGAACAUUCUGUGGCAUUUCUUUGGGACUGGAAUGAAAACUUACCUUUUCCAGUUAUAUAUAAAGAAAUACAUCCUUUAAAAAAUGAAGAAUGAAAAAAAAAAUGAAGAAAAGGGUGGUAAGGGAAGUGGCACAUGAUUUCUGAGUGCCAGACCAUCUAGAACCCAUCUGCCCUGUAGGCUACCUCUUUGCCACCAGUCAGUGGUCCCUGGGGGCCUACAGGAAUUCCAACUUCAGCCAUUCAGAUUGCGCCCUCAGUGGGAGCUGUGACUGAGGGAAACCUGACUGUGAUGCUUCCGGGUAGCUGUGCGUUAGCAGUGAACCAGAGGUGACAUUCUGAGGAGUCUCUGCUCAAGUUAGCAGGCUGGGGCAAAUGGCCUGUUAGAAGUUAAGUGCAAGUGCAGGGAGAGGAUCCCAGGUCCACAGCUUCUGAGCACUUUCCUCUGUGCACUAGACCCCAGCUUGACUCUUCCCGAGUGGUACCAUAAGGAGCAACAUCUCAGCAACCAGACAGCUUGGGCUCAAAUCCUGGCACAUGAGGUCAGAGAGUGAAUCAGGUAGGUUUUCCUCAUUUUCAAAAUGAGAAUGUUGAUAAUAACAGUAUCACUUUGAUCGGGCUGAUGUGAAGAUAAUUCACUCAAUUUUUUAGAACAGGGCUUGUCCUGACUUAAGUCAGUUGAUUGUUACUUGUGUGCUGAGUUCCUCAGGUGUCACCUUAUGUAAUACUCAUAUUGGUCUUAGGAGAGGUGCUAGCUAGUGUCACUCCAAGGUUACAAACCAGGAGGCAAGGAAACAGCGGUUAAAUACGUAGUCCCAGAUGGAGAUCCACACUUCAAACCCAGCUGUUCUAGAACCCCAGGAAACCCUCUGAAUCAGCAAACUAGAGAAAACAGACUAACCACAAGACAAUGUGGUCAUCGUUCAUCUGUCUCUAGUAGUGCUGGCAUCUGGAGGUGGAGCUGUGACCCAACUGAAGAGCAGGUAUUGCUGAGGGGCGGUUGGUGGGGAGAGAGAGGCAUUUUAGGCACAGCACGGACCGUCUGUGGUUCAACUCGCACUCUCUGUAUCUGCUAACCUGGCCAGCUUUAGGCAGGAAAGGGAGGUAGCUGAAGCUGGAGUGGGGUGCGAUCUCUAUAUUUUGGCGGGGCUUCUGGGUUGCCCUAAGGAGCCUGAGUUGCAUCUUGUACGUACUGAGAGCUUGUAAGAGGAUUUGACAUUUAAGACGAUUGUAGAUUGUGAACCGGAAGGAAAUCCUGGGGAAUCCUCAACGACAGGAGCUGCACCUACACCAAAGAGCCCUCCUGCCCGAAGGCUGAGAGCAGGCGCCGUGGUUCUUCCGUCUCUGAACUCGUAGCAAAUUUCGACAGGAGAGUUGCUCAAAUUCUCAUAGGUCUAAUUAAUAUGUCUAGCAAGGCUGUCGGUCGGAAGCAAGAGAGGGACUAUACGUUCCAGAGCUGCGAGGGGCCCCCAGAUCAGCCCCCACUCGGAAGGGACAGCAGGCAGGAGUCGCUGGGCUCCGUCUGCACUCCCGACUCGGCAGCGUCCAGGCAGGACUCCCGCCGUGGGGGUGAGGAGCCAGCAACCGCCUUCGAAGACGCCCUAGAGUGGGGCUGUGUCCCCGCUACCGCGGCCGGACGCGGCUGGGACAUGCGCGCGGCCGUCUCUGCAGCCAUCGCACUUUACGUUCCCCCCCUUCUCCGCUUCCAGACCCACUCGGCCAACAGUCUGGCAGCAGGGACUCCGCGGCGGCGGGGACCUCGUCUCUUUUGCCUCCCGAGUAUUUGGGGGAUGAGUGGCAGUGGCCCUUCGGUGACCUCAGCGGUCGAAGAUCUCGAAGCACAGGCGGCCGGGCGAAGUCUAGUCCGGAAGUGGACCCUCAGCACCGCCUGUCUGAGCCCUCGUUCCCAGGCGGCCGCGGGGCGGGCUUUCCGGAGCGCUGUGCAUUGUGGACUUUGUAGUCUCGCGGGGCCGGGCCUUCGCCUUGAGCGCCGUCCGGGAAGGCAGCUGGACUACAUCUCCCUCCCGCCCGUGCGGUGUCGCGAGGCCGCCCGGCGCGAGGCGUUCGCGAGCGGAGAGUCUCCAAGAUGGCCGCGUGGGGAAGGAGGCGUCUCGGCCCGGGCAGCGGCGGUGGCGGCGCUCGAGAGAGGGUUCAAGUUGGCUGGUGAUGCUGAGAUGAUUCAAGAGCUCUGUCCGACAGUCGGCCUCUGCUGCCCUGAACACACAACUAUUUCCCGCUUCAAAGGAAACACUGACCAUGGAGAUUCUGGGGUGACCUCACUCCACACGCCUUCCCUGGUCCCGAUGUGCACGGUCGCUGACUGGGAAGCUCUGAGCCCUGCUCCCAGUGGCCUUUGGGGUGAGCCUGUCGGCCACAGACUGUUACAUCGUGCACGAGAUCUACAACGGGGAGAAUGCCCAAGACCAGUUUGAGUAUGAGCUGGAGCAGGCCCUGGAAGCCCAGUACAAGUACAUCGUGAUCGAGCCCACCCGCAUCGGC